UCUCUGCCUUCAGCACCCAGCUUUCAGUUUGCUGUGCAUGGUGGGUUACCAGCUAUUGCUAGCCCCACUCAAACAGAGGUUAAUGAGUUAAAAGAGCUCUUAAAACAGCAACAGGAGCAGCUUAAUCAGCUUACUCGCAGCAUUACCCUCCUCCAAACUGCACAAGCGCGCAGCCGCUCUCCACGUCGAGGUCCUAUUAUAUGUCGACGGUGCCAACAGCCCGGACAUAUUGCUAGGGAGUGUGGGGGGCCGCAUGGUUCCUUCCGUCAGUCAUCUUUGUCAGAAUCACGUCAGGGAAGUCAGCCUCUGGGAAACUAGCACCCACCGAGUUGCAGAGCCAAGGCUCGGGUGGGGUAUCCAUAGGCUCAACUAGUGGUCUAUGUUCAGCAGAUGUACCUAAAUUAAUUGCUUCUUGUCCACAUAUUGAAGUGAACAUGGCUGGAGUGAAAGUGCCUUGCUUGGUUGACACUGGUUCAAUGGUGUCCACCAUUACAGAGAGCUUCUUUAUUGAAUUCUUUGAGCCCUGGGGCGAAGAGCGUUUAAGAGCUUGCCACUGGCUACAGCUAAAAGCGGCCAAUGGUCUCCCUAUUCCUUAUAUCGGUUAUUUGGAAGUAUCGAUUGAACUGUGUGGCAAGUUGAUGCCCCACUGUGGAGUGUUGGUGGUGAGAAAUCCCCCAGAUAGCAGUUCAGCUUCAGUUCCUGGUGUGUUGGGGAUGAACGUCAUAAAUAAGUGUUACCAAGAACUAUUUGGACAGCAUGGCAAUGCUCUGUUUAAUACAACCCCUGUUGUGUCAUUUCCCAAGCCCUUGGUUAAUGCCUUACAGAAAUGUCAUGCAGCUGUAACGCAGCACACUCCUAAGCAGCCUAGUAAGGUUAGGGUGCGAGGAAAGAGGGCCUGUCGCAUUCCAGGAGGUGUGAUGAAGAUUGUGCCUACCACCUGCUGUGAUCUAUACUCAGGCACCACUGUCUUGUUUGAACCAUCAGAGUCUGGCUUACCAGCUGGUUUGUUAGCAUCUCCUGCUUUAGUUCAGGUUGUUCGGGGGACUGCUUAUGUCCCAGUGGUAAAUGUGGGCAACACGGAUGUAUUGCUUUAUCCUCGUAGCACUGUGGGAACUUUAAAUAGUGUUGGCGUGGUGAGUCUUCCAGCGGGCGUAACUGAAGUCCCAUUGUUUGCAAAUGUGUCUUCCCAAACAGUUGCUGCUCCUGCCUCAGAUGGGAUCAAGACUAUUGAUUUAUCAUCUUUGUCAGAGGAGGAACAGGGUCGGGUGCGAGCCUUGUUGGGAACGGCCAGCUCGUGGUGUUGGUGGUGGACUUUCCGGGUGGUGGUACUCCUUUUUGGUUUGGUGCACGAUUUUCUUUUGUUUUGCCUUGUUUCGUUUGCUGUGUUUCUUUUCUUUUAGGACACUACCCCAAAUUGCACCCCCGUCCCUGAGCUGUGCUAACACUGACUUUUAAUGUGUGAGUGGUUUUAGACUAGUAUUUUCGAUUAACAAACAAUUGCAGAAUAAAUAAAAUUGUUACAUUGUGAGAGUGUCUCAAGCCUCAUCUGUAGCGGGUCUGUGUGCUUUAAAGGUAACUUUUUAGCGGAGUUGUUGUAACCAAUUAUUAAAAUAGUGUCUUUUAAACUUAAGUUCCCAAUUAUCACACUGCUCCC